AGUUUCUUUACCACAGCAACCAACCAUGGCUGAGGGUCUUGUUCUUCGAGGCACCAUGCGUGCUCACACUGACGUGGUUACAGCUAUUGCCACCCCGAUCAACAAUUCUGACAUGAUUGUCACCGCUUCCCGCGACAAAUCCAUCAUCCUCUGGAACCUUACCAAGGAGGACGAGACCUACGGUGUCGUCCGCCGCCGUCUCACCGGUCACUCAGACUUUGUUCAGGAUGUUGUUCUAUCAUCCGACGGUCAGAUCGCUCUAUCCGGUUCAUGGGAUGGUGAGCUCCGUCUGUGGCAUCUCAACGCUGGAAUCUCCAUUCGCCGAUUUAUUGGCCACACCAAGGAUGUUCUCUCUGUGGCUUUCUCGAAUGACGACCGUCAUAUCGUGUCUGCUUCUCGUGACCGCACGAUUAAGCUGUGGACCAAUUUCGGUGAGUGCAAAUACACUAUCCAGGAUGGUGAUGGUGAUGCUCAUUCCGAUUGGGUUAGCUGUGUCCGAUUCACUCCUAACCGAUUCACCCCUAACACUCUGGAGCCGACUUUUGUUUCUGCUUCAUGGGAUAAAACUGUCAAGGUUUGGAAUCUGACCAAUUGCAAGGCGAGAAACACUCUUGUUGGACAUUCUGGAUAUGUCAGUACUGUGGCUGUUUCACCUGAUGGUUCUUUCUGUGUUAGUGGUGGCAAAGACGGUGUUGUUCUGAUCUGGGAUUUGGUUGACGGAAAGAGAAUUUACUCUUUUGAUGCUGGCUCUAUUAUUCAUGCUUUGUGUUUCAGUCCUAACAGGUACUGGCUAUGUGCUGCAACUGAGUCCAGCAUUAGGAUCUGGGAUUUGGAGAGCAAAAACAUUGUUGAGGAUUUGAAGAUUGAAUUAAACACUGAAACUGAUGCUACCAUUGUUGAGGAUUUGAAGAUUGAAUUAAAGACUGAAAGUGUUGCUACCACCGGUGGUAACAGUAGCACUACCAAGAAGAAGGUCAUCUACUGUACUAGUUUGAACUGGAGUGCUGAUGGAAGCACUUUGUUUAGUGGAUAUACUGAUGGUGCUGUUAGAGUAUGGGGUUUUUGAGACAAAUUUAGUCACUGUUUUACGUAGAAUUUAAUUUUGAUCACAAUGGCUUUCUAGUCCU